AUGUAGGAAAUAAGCAAUUGAUGUUUAUUAAAUUGUCCUUAAACUUAUUUAAUAUCCAAUACGAUUUAGUCAGAUUAAGUUCACAGCAACCUUUUACAGUUUGCAUUCACAAUGUUAAGUUACUGCAGUAAAACAGUUAUUUUAAGUUGCAAAAAUUCAAAUUUUAAAAAUAUACAAUUAAUAAAUAAGCAAAUUAGAUUAUAUUCUGGAAGUACAUUUGAUGUGUUGAAUCCAGUAAAUGGCACAGUUGUGGGUACGGUGCCUGAUAUGACAAUUGAUGAAAUAAAGGAAAAAGUUGAAAAAGCCUCUGAUGCACAUCAUGAAUGGAAACUAACAACAGCAAAGCAUAGAGCUGGCUUACUUAGAAAAUGGUUUAAUUUGCUAGAACAAAAUUCUGCAGAUAUUGCAAAGACCUUAUCUAAAGAAGCGGGGAAGCCUUUUAACGAAGCAGUAGGUGAAGUGGCUUAUGGAAAUUCAUUUGUUGAGUGGUCUUCAGAAGAAGCAAGAACAGUUCUGGGACAAAUCAUUCCAAGUCCUUACAAAUCAAAGAAAAUUUUAGUUGAAAAGCAUCCUAUUGGAGUUGUAGGUAUUAUAACUCCAUGGAAUUUUCCACAUGCAAUGAUAACUAGAAAAGCAGGGGCAGCUUUAGCAGCAGGAUGUACCUGUGUUAUUAAGCCAGCUGCUGAAACACCUUUAACAGCAAUAACACUAACACAGCUGGCACAUGAAGCUGGAAUUCCCGAAAACGUAAUGAAUGUAGUAACAGUAAAUGUCAACAAAGCUAGCCAAGUUGGAACAUUGUUCUGCACAAGUCCUUUGAUUGCAGGAAUUUCAUUUACAGGCUCAACUGUUGUAGGGAAAAUUCUCUACAGGCUUUGCGCAGACCAUGUUAAACGCAUAUCAUUAGAACUAGGAGGCAAUGCUCCUUUUAUAAUUUUUGAUUCAGCUGAUAUUGACAAGGCUGUUGAGGCCGCUUUGGUAGCCAAGUUUCGAAAUUGCGGUCAAACUUGCGUGGCCGCUAACCGGUUUCUUGUCCAGAGUGGUAUUUACGAUAAGUUCGUCGCCGCAUUGACAGAAAAAGUUAAAAAAUUACGUAUGGGAGAUGUAUCCCAACCAGAUGUUCAACUAGGACCAUUAAUAAAUAGUAAACAGUUUAAUACCGUAACUAGAUUCGUAGAGGACGCUAUAAGCAAGGGAGCUAAAGUUCUACUAGGAGGGAAAGCUGCUACACAUAUAGGACAACUUUUUUAUGAGCCCACAAUUUUGGCAGAUAUUAAACCAGAUAUGAAAGUUUACAAUGAAGAAAUAUUUGGACCGGUCGUUCCUCUUAUUCAAUUCAAGAAAGAAGAAGAAGCAAUUAAAAUAGCUAACUCUACAAUGGCCGGAUUAGCAGGUUAUUUGUGUUCGAGCGACGUAAAUCAGAUUUUUCGAGUAAGCAAACUGCUAGAAACGGGAAUGGUGGGUAUCAACGAGGGUCUAAUUUCAAUGGCAGAAGCUCCCUUUGGUGGAAUCAAGGAUUCUGGAAUAGGUCGCGAAGGUUCCAUAUAUGGUAUCGACGAAUUCUUGUAUGUUAAAUAUUACUGCUUAGGAGGCCUAGAUUGAAAAAGCAAUAACAAUAAUGAUGAAGCGCCUAAUUUUUUAUGGUAA